AUGAGUCCUGAUCGUAACUCGAAACUCUCCAAGGCCACAUCAGGAUCUUCUUCUUUUGAUUCCGAAAAGGCCCAAAAGCACUCCUCCAAAUCCCCAAUGUUGGCCUGCUUACCAAAAAGUGUCCUCAAUAAGUUUUCUAAAAAGUCUAUCACUAACCUAAAACUGGGAUUUGCUAGCUAUAAGGAUGAUAUUGAAGAUAUAAAUGUUACUGAAAAGUCUGACACCUUUUCAGGAUCAGAUUCCGAAAGUUUGAUUGGUAGUCAGCCACCUCUUGAAUACGAGUUCAACAAUGUCAUCAACUUUACCUCAGAAGAAAUCGUUCCUACAAGAUAUAAUAACUUCAAUCAUGAUAGAAUCAAUGAUGAAGAAAUAUACGCAAAACACAAGAUUAAUACGAAAGCGGCUGAUGUGUUGAAUCCUUCGCAAGUUAAUACUACCCAAAGGCUUGAGAGAUUACGUCAAUUAAUGAAGGUUAAUAGUGUCGAUGUGUAUAUUGUCCCAUCAGAAGACGCUCAUCAAAGUGAAGAUACCGCUCCAUGUGAUAACAGACGAGAAUAUAUCUCAGGUUUUUCGGGAUCUGCCGGUAUUGCUGUGAUCAGUUUGACUAAGGCGGUGCUAUCCACCGAUAGUAGAUAUUUUUUAGAAGCAGAAAAGACUUUGGAUAAUAAUUGGCAGCUACUCAAGCAAAAUGUUGAAGGGUACCCAACUUGGCAGGAAUGGACAAUUCUGCAAUUGAAGUUUUCAAAAUAUAAAACGUUAUCUGUUGAUCCUAGGUUGAUUUCCCUCGGUUUAGGUAAUUUUUUUGAGAAGAAAUGUGAAGAAGUCGGUGCGAUUUUCAAACCUUCCUAUAAUAACUUCAUCGACGAAGUUUGGGAUGAUCAGCCUAGAAUCUCUGAGGCUCCAGUAUAUGAGUUACCAUAUAAGUAUACUGGAAAAACUACCAGUGAAAAAAUAAAGUUGAUCAGAAGCUGCUUGGUCAAUGAUAAUGCCACCGGUAUUAUUAUCACGAAGUUAGAUGACAUUGCUUGGACGUUAAAUUUGAGAGGUAGUGAUUUCGAUAACAGUCCAUUGUUUUUUUCGUACUUGAUUAUCACCCAAGAUGAAGUCAGAUUUUAUAUCGAUCCAGUGAAGCUACCAAAGAAUGUUGAAAGUUAUCUAUUUGUUGAAUUGCAAAACUUGAAAAUCAAGGAGUAUUUUUCCUUUUGGAUUGAUCUUGAAGCAUUAUCCAUUAACUUUGAAAAUUACUAUUACUUAUUGCCAAAAGAGGUAUCGUAUGGUCUCGUGAAGAAAUUAUCCAUCAUCAACUACAAGCUUUCUGGAUUGAUUGAAGACUUGAAAAGUGUCAAAACUCCUGCAGAAUUAUAUGGGAUGAAGCUUUCUCAUGUGAAGGAUGGUAUUGCUUUAGCCAGAUAUUUUGCUUGGCUUGAAGAAAAGUUGAUUAAAGAAGGUAGAACCUUGAAUGAAUAUCAGGGGGCUGUUAAAUGCGAUUAUUAUAGGUCAUUGAUGGCCAAUUACAAAGGGGUCAGUUUCACCACCAUUUCUGCAUCUGGUGCAAAUGCCGCAUCAAAUCAUUAUGAACCAUCAUUGGAAAUCAAUUCUAUUAUCGAUCCUAAAAAAGUAUAUUUAUGUGACUCUGGUGCCCAAUAUUUAGAUGGUACUACUGAUAUCACCAGAACUUUCCAUUUUCUGCGCCCUACCAAAGAGGAAAAAACAGCUUAUACCGCGGUUCUUAAAGGGCAUAUUGAUCUUGCCAUGGCUCAAUUCCCUGAAACCACUACCGGAGUUAUUUUGGAUGGUAUUGCCAGAGCUCCAUUAUGGGCUGAAGGGUUGGAUUAUAGACACGGUACUGGUCAUGGUAUUGGUUCAUUUCUCUGCGUUCAUGAAGGCCCAAUUUACUUUGGCAGAAAUUGUACCUUUAAGGCUGGACAGAUCAUCAGUGAUGAACCAGGAUACUACAAAGAUUACCACUUUGGCAUCAGAAUUGAAAGUGAUUUAGAAGUCAUGGCCCAUAAAACGAAAAACGAUUUGAACGGCAAACCGUUCUUGAAAUUCGGUUACUUGACAUUAGCGCCAUUCGACAGAAAUCUCAUCAAUAAAAAGAAAUUAACUAAAUUCGAACUUGCGUGGAUUAAUGCCUAUCAUGCUCAAGUACGCAAAAUGUUGACUCCAUAUUUGAUGAAAUUCAAUGAUAACAGAGCUGUGAAAUGGUUACAAAAGAAAACCGAACCCUUAUAA